UUGAAACAUAAACAGUUCUAGAAGCGUAUGCAACAUUGUGCCACCUGGUUCGCGACAAUGUUUGUGAUUAAAUGUAUGACUCUUAAAUAUAUGAAUAUUGUCAAGCAAUCCCUGUGAAACGAAGCUAUUUGUCAUGAUAAUUCCCGCUUGUCAGACUUUUAUUUUGAAGCCUAAUAAAUUGUUUUCCGGGGGUGUCAUGUGUUGAUGUUUGGAUGGGUUUGGGUCUAGACUGGAAGUAUUUUGGGUGAAAUGUCAGUCGUGUUUUUGGAUGGUCUCAUCAUGGACAGUAUAGUCUAAAUUUACUAAUACAGUAACUGCGAUUGCAUUUCACGAUAUAAGUUAUGAAGGCGUGAAUGCAAGAAGUUAUGGAGAAGGUCCGAAAGAUUCUAGUUCAUUUGUCGAAGGAUAAAGCCGCUCCGCAGUGCGCACGAUUCGUGCAGAGCAUAACUGGACAUUUUGUUGGGGAUGUUAAGGACAAUGUGACAGUGAGCUGUUCUCUGGAGAACAACAGAUUUAUUGUAUGUGAUCAGCUGUGUGGUGCUGGUAUUCCUCUAAAGAGGGCGUCGUUUUGCCCCAUCAAGUACCUGUCUCAUUCAGAGGCAGCCUCCCUGGCCCCUGAUACAGUUGCACGCGGGGUAGACGUGGGCGUUGCCGUGCUGCUGCAGUCAGCCAAUCAGAAGCUGUUGCUAACGCGUCGCGCCUCCAGUCUCCGGAUCUUCCCCAAUGUUUGGGUACCACCUGGUGGUCAUGUGGAGCUGGAUGAAAAGCUGUUGGAUGCAGGACUCCGAGAGCUGAGAGAAGAAACGGGUUUGAGACUCAGUCUUGAUGAGAUCUCUUCUCAGCUCCUCGGCUUAUGGGAGUCAGUGUAUCCCCCCAUGCUGUCCAGAGGUCUGCCACAGAGACACCACAUUGUGACCUACAUACUUCUGAAGAGCUCUCAGUCACACCUGCAGCUUCAGGCCUGUCUAAGGCCUGAUCCUGCUGAGGUCAGUGGAUGUGUCUGGGUUGAUGCAGGUGUGGUUAAAGCUGUGGUGUCUGCUGUGGACGGUGAGGAGGAUUCUGUGAAAAUACCAGAUGACCUGCCACGUACUGCCAGCGUAACAGAAGUGUCUCCAAGUGGUGAUCUAAAAGAGACCUCAUUGCCCGUUUCUCUGUUCUGUAACUGGGCUCCAGACCAUGGUGAGGACAUCGAGCGAGUCAGUACCGGAACCAAAUUUGCCUUAGAACUGUGGUUAAAAACAUUGGAACCUCACGCCGAGAUGGGCUGAUGACUCCUGUCUACGUGUUUCUAUUCAUGCAAACAUUUAAGAAGUGCCUUCAGAAGACUGGAGCUGUGUAGGCAGGGCACGUUACUCAGUCAUAUGUCUUAAAUUAGGGGUGUCACUAUAUACCGGUAUUGUAAAUAGAUGUGAUAUUAAAAACAUGAUUAUCAGUCAUGUUAAUUCACACAUAUCGUAAUAUGGUAAACUAUUCAGCACCUAUUUAAAAUUUUGCCUCAAGAGUCACCCCAAACCCUCUCUGCCUCCUAAAUUUGUAUUUUGAGUGUGAUUCAUUGACCAAAUAAAAAGCAAAACAUGAAAUAAACCAAAUUAAAUAUGAAUUUGACUGAUUGUAAAAAUUGUAGUUAUCUCGUGAAUUCUUUUUGGCCACAAUAACCGCAUAGUAAUAAUCGAUGACAGAUAUCAUGACAGUGCAAUCUUAAAUGAAAGUUCAGAUUGUUAUUUUUCAGCAAAAUAGUCGUCAUUGGAAUUUGUUUAAGAAAUGCAUUUCUAAUAAUUAAAAUGUUUCUUAACACAUUUGUUUGAUUUGAUUCUGGAAUCUGCCUGUGGUUUUCUUUGCAAAAAACAUACAAUGUUUUUUCCCACCACAAGAGGGCGAUAGACACUGCGUCCCU